GUGAAGUGAGAGUUGGUACAGUUUCUUCGUGUCUCCCUGCACACUGCCCCUGUGGGUAGUGACAGUGACUUUCUUCAGAAUUCAGUUUGACCAGGCUACGUGGCUCAUGCUUUCAAUCCUAGCACUAAGGAGGGGCAAGUGGAGUUUAGGCCAGCCUGGUCUACAUAAUGGAUUCCAGGACAGCUAGGGCAACACCAGGAAACCCUGUCUAGAAAAAAGAAAACAAAGCAAAACAACAACAAAGCAAAGCAGGCUGAAGGGAGAGUGGUGUCUGCAGUGCCCUGCAGACUUACGUUGUGGGCAUCUCCCUGAUUGUGAUUUCUGCUUCUCUGCUGAGCUUCAUCCCUGUCCCCCCAGCUCUGCCUGGACUGGGGGCUGUGCAGCCUCCUCACCAUCCUUGUGAAUUCUGGGAACAGAGCGUGGGUCUUGGGUCUCUCUGCUAGGAGAUGGCUUGACCCAGGCGCACACCUUGCUGUCGCUGCUUCUUACUGGGGCCAGCACAGCUCCAGGUGCUGACCCUGUGGCUUUGGACACGGAGGACCCUGACCUCUAAUGCCACCGUGCCUGGCAAGGGCCCUCCUGUAAGUCCCAGUGAUCUAGCAUGGUCUUUGUUCUUACAGGGUUUGUAGGCCGCCAGGGCGUGACAAGUGCUUAGACGGCGGCAUGGGUGAUUUUUGUAUGAGCAGGUAGCAUGCUAAAGGGAGCUGGGGCCAGGUCUACAUUCCAGGGUAGGCCACCCAGGAGAGGACCUGCCGUGUUCACAGUUGUAGUGACAGCUACUGCUCUAGACACCUGAGUUGGAUGCUGUAGAUCCCACUUCCAGCGGUGGCACCUUCACAGAUCCUGGGCUGCCCUGUGUCAUCAGCUGUCCAAUGUGCUGCCCACUCCAGACAAGUGAGCAGCAUCCUGGUCUCCAGCGCAGAGGCUCUCAGCCUUCCUGAUGCUGUGACCUUUUAAUUCAGUUCCUCGUGUGUAGUAACCCCAACCGUGUGUAGUAACCCCAACCGUAAGAUUAUUUUUAUUGCUACCUUAUAACUGUUUGCUAUUGUUAGGAAUUGUGAUGCAAACAUCUGACACUCAGUGUCUGAUGUGCCCUGAGAAAGGGCCGCUCAGCUCCCAGGGGUUAUCCCGACUCACAGAUUGAGAACUGCUGCUCUGACAGGCAGUUUGUCUGUCGGUGCCCGUGGGGCUGUGACUGCCAGGCAGUGGCAGAGCUUCAGGGUGCUGGACGGGUAGUUUGCUUGGUUGGGAAUGUAUCAGUAGGGAGCAGAUGAGUUGGCUAGAGCCAGAGGCUGUGGGCAGUGCGUGCCCAGACUUGAUCCUCUUCAGGGUGUGUUGGUGGAGGCCAUGUGACGUCCAGGUGCAGACAUGGGCUUUCCGUGUGCAGACACAGACACCUGCAGCCUGGCUCCUCAUUUUACCUGCUCACAGCCUCAUGGGUCAAAGGAAGUAGACGAGGGACCAGUGCCUGCUGCAUGUGUGAACACAAUACCUAGCAUGACGUGGAGCCUGGCCUGGGUUCUGGGCAGAACCACUCCAACAGACAGUGGCCCAGGCUCGGUGGGUGUGGUAGGAGAAGGCAUGGCCGUGCGCUGGGAUUACAUCUGCCCAAGGUGCGAGUCUGGCUUCAUUGAGGAGCUUCCAGAAGAGACCAGGAACACAGAAAACAGCUCUGCCCCCUCCACAGCCCCCACCGACCAGAACCGGCAGCCAUUUGAGAGUGUGGACCAGCACCUGUUUACGCUGCCUCAGGGGUACAGCCAGUUUGCUUUCGGCAUCUUCGAUGAUAGCUUUGAGAUUCCCACGUUUCCUCCUGGGGCUCAGGCUGAUGAUGGCAGGGAUCCUGAGAGCCGACGGGAGAGAGAGCACCAGUCUCGGCAUCGGUACGGAGCCCGGCAGCCCCGUGCUCGCCUUACUGCCCGGCGGGCCACUGGCCGGCAUGAAGGUGUCCCCACACUGGAAGGGAUCAUCCAGCAACUUGUGAAUGGUAUCAUCUCCCCGGCCGCUGUACCCAGCCUGGGCCUUGGUCCCUGGGGCGUCCUGCACUCGAACCCAAUGGACUACGCCUGGGGGGCCAACGGCCUGGACACCAUCAUCACACAGCUCCUCAAUCAAUUUGAGAACACGGGCCCCCCACCUGCAGACAAGGAGAAGAUUCAGGCCCUCCCCACGGUCCCCGUCACAGAGGAACACGUGGGCUCAGGGCUGGAGUGCCCCGUGUGCAAAGACGACUACGCGUUGGGUGAGAUUGUGCGGCAGUUGCCCUGCAACCACCUGUUCCACGACAGCUGCAUUGUGCCCUGGCUAGAGCAGCACGACAGCUGCCCAGUCUGCCGCAAGAGCCUCACUGGACAGAACACGGCCACCAAUCCCCCGGGCCUGACUGGGGUGGGCUUCUCGUCCUCCUCGUCCUCGUCCUCGUCCAGCUCGCCCAGCAACGAGAACGCCACAAGCAACUCCUGAGUCCCACCUGGCCACCCACCCCCGGGGCUCGGUCAUCCUGCCCGCCCCAGGUGCCCUAGCACCGCCACGACCAUGGACUAGAGGUGCUGCCCCGUGGUGGCCAGCAGCACCUGGCGGGCCCCAGGCUGCGACAGGCAUGGACUUCGCUGUGGCCGCUCCUAUUUGGAGGCACGCACGUGGGCCCCAUGUCCCCAGCAGGCGCCUUCAGUCCGUCUUUAACCUCACCCUCCAAAUGUUCAACGGCAGAAGGGUUUUUAUGAUUUUAAAUUAUUACUGCUUUGAAAUAAAUGGACAUUUGAGCCACGUGCGGCCAUGCAUGAUCUGUGGAGAGUCGGCAGGACUGUCGCCAGGUCCAGCCCACCACAUGCCCUGGGAGGCCGGGCACAGCACCGGCCAGCACCGACCUCGGGACCACAAGGGUGACCAGCAGACCCAGGAACAAACUGCUUCAGCAGACUUUUUUUUUUUUAAAGGGAAAUGUGUGUUAUCUGAAAAGCUAUUUAAAAUACACCUCCUCAAAAAGCAGA